CUCGUAAUCCUGGCCUUAUGAUGGUUUUUUUUUUCAAGACUAACGUCACCGAUGCACUGCUGAUAGUCAUCUUUCAGGGAAAAACAUCACAACACUGCAUGGGUUCCGAUUUUCAAGCUUCUCUACCUGAGCAUCUGACAACACGAUGACUCCAUCCCAUUACUCUCCCCUCAGCAUCGCUCCCGUAUCUUCCGUCGACUCCUUAGGCGUUAGCCUCCUAGAUGAUCAUGAUAGCUCCAAACUUCAAACUCGCGUCUCUUAUGGCGGUAGAAGAAGAAUAUCGAUCGCUGUCAUCAUCCCGGGCAUCCUUAUUUUCGUUGCCAGUGCCGGUCUUGCAUCCUCACUAUUGGUAUGGCUUCUAUCCCGCCGCGUAGAAUCCCACAUACCCCGUGAAGAUCCGUACUUUCUAGAUGCCGUUGUUGCAAUAGAGGGAACAACAGUGCCUCAAAGGCUCGACGAUGGUUCUUUGAAACUUGAUACGACAAUGUACGGUUUGGCUAUGUCAUCUCUGUCUGCCCAACUGGUAGCUCUCACCCUACCAUUUCUUCUAGGUUUGCUGGGUUAUCGCCUAGCCUCAAUGUGGAUCCUUGCACAAGAAAAAGAGCACGCAAGUUCUAUGCCAACGGCAGUACAGUACGGACUGCUUGUCAAAUUAUGUGGAUCGGCGAACCUUUUUAGCGCAUACGAGACAGUGCGGUACCUCAAGCGUGGGCGUGAAAGACGAUCAACAGCCCCCCCUAGCUUGAUUUUCGCAUUGAUUAUCCUCAUUCUAGUCAUUGUUUUGAAUCACCUUCUCUCUGCCGCGGACUUAUGGCUGCACACUACCGCAAGUACCUUCCUACACACCUCCAUAACCGAGAUUGCCGCAGAAUCGAUGCCUGCCAUGGGCACAAAACUCAACCUCACUGCGUGUCCGGGUCCUACGGUGUCCAUACGCCGUAUGAGCUUGUCGACGGCUGGUCAAAAUUACAGCAACUGUGCGCACUUUGCUACUCAAUCCGCCUCAAACCCUGUCAACCGAUGGGGUGAUGUGGGUAUGAUCAAUGAGGGACUUGCUGUCGUUGGGAACAGUAGUUCCACAUCAAGGACUGUCAUGAUCGACGACGUAGCGAUCCUUGUGCCCAGCACCAUGCCUGACAACGUCGACAAUCUCACAUUCAAUUCUUUCGGACUCGUCGCUCAAUGUCAGCCCGUGGUCGACUGUUUAGUUGAUCCUAUGCAAUACGACCCUGUCCCAAUACUCUACUGCCCUUCUUUCAAUCCUCCAUACAACAUUAGCAGCCUCGUUGACGGUUCAGCCACUAGCCACAUUGAUAUGCUCAAUUUGACAAACAACGCUUUGUCGUCAGAUGGCGGAUACCCUCUCGACUCUGUCUUGAACCCAUACGGAGCACGUGUCAUCUUCUAUUGGUAUGACGAUACCGACAAUAUCGCCUUUCCCGCAGACGAUACACCUGGGUGGUAUCAGAGAUCCUUGUUAGGACAAUCGGAUUCAUAUUGGUACAUGAGUACAUGCAAUAUGACUGCGUACAACGUUUCGAUUUCCUAUAGUACCCUCGACGGAAACAACAGGUAUGCAUUUGUGGACAAGCCGGUCAUGUCGAACUUCAACACCACAUCUGCUCUCUUUGCAGCUCUUGACUCCGCCUAUCAGGCAGACCUGGUAGACUAUCUACAAAGCGCCUUCAAGACUUCCUUCACCCUUCCUACAGAGACAUUCAAUACGGUUCUCUCGCGAAAUAUGUCUUACGCCGCAAUGGGCCUCGCGUCGCCUCUCUUUGAACGCGACGUCAGCACCGGCGGCAAUUCUAUUCUCCUGAUGAGCGCCAGCAGGUAUCCUUUGGCGCCUCUCUCAACCGUACUGGCCAUCCUCUACACCUACGCCCUUCUUGCACUCGUAAUAACCGCAUCCUCUGUCUUUCUGUCUUCCCGGGAGAUCGUAGUCACAAAGAACAGCGGGAAGGAGCACAGAGUUACGACUAUUGAACUCGUUCAGCUGCGCCUUACUAACCCAUUGGCGAGUAUCGCCGAGCGAUUUGUAGAUCCUGCACGACCUGAGCUGUUGUUGGAAUCAUCGGCUGUUGACAUGUUCCACGAGCACCCACGCGCAGAGAAACUGGGAGUCGUCAUGGUGGAAGAUGAGGGAGAGGAUGCAGAGGGUGUGGUUAGGAGAAGACGGAGCCUCAAAGUUGAGAGCAUCGAGCGGAAGUUGACGAGACUCUCAGGCUCAACUUCCAAAGUGUCUUUUCCAGAAACAUUGUAAAACGCUUCCCGGUUACUGGGUUCCCUCUUCAAAGACACAUAUUCGCUCGAGUGUGAGAAGGGUAAAGAUUGUAGAGUGAUAGCGUCACAUGGCAAGCCUCUUCGCAGGCGAACCUAAUCCAAGAGGGGGCGCGAAGUCGGAAGGAUUAGUCAAAC